GCUUUUAGAUCCUCUGUGGUAUUCCAUGGGGUAUGUUUCAGGGCCUGACGACGGCGUAUGCGUCCGAGGUGGCUCCUGUCGCACUGCGCCAUUACCUGACUUCGUACAUCAACAUCUGCUGGGUGUUUGGACACUUCCUAGGCGCUGGUGUACUCCGCGCUCUACUUUAUCGUAAAGACAAGUGGGGCUAUAAGAUCCCAUUUGCGAUCCAAUGGGUGUGGCCGGUGCCGCUGUUUUUGGGAAUUCUACUCGCGCCGCAAAGUCCUUGGUGGCUGAUCCGCAAGAAGCGCCUCGAAGACGCCAAAGCCUCGCUUCGCAGGCUGACCACCCAGCCGACGGAAGCUCAGCUGCAAGACACGCUUGAGCUCAUGGUCCGCACGAACGAGAUUGAGCAAGAGCUCAAGACCGGCACAUCGUACCUCGACUGCUUUCGGGGCGUAGACCUGCGCCGCACUGAGAUCGUGAUCAUGGCGUACAUCAUUCAGUAUCUGCAUGGCAAUGGAUUGGCUGGUUAUAGCACAUACUUCUUCGAACAAGCUGGCCUGUCCGCGACAAACGCUUUCGACUUGACCAUGGGCCAGUAUGCCAUCGGCUUCUGUGGCACAGUGUGUUCGUGGUUUCUGAUGGCAAGGUUCGGUCGACGGACGCUAUACCUCACCGGCAUGGUACUUUCGAUUAUCCUUUUGUUCACGAUUGGUUUCUUGGCCCUGGCGCCGCCGAAGGACAAAGGUGCCAACUGGGCUACUGGGGCUCUACUUUUAGUGUUCUUCAGCAUACACUCAACCUUUAUCGGGCCAGUGCUCUACGCUAUUGUAGGGGAGAUGCCGUCAACCCGCCUGCGUCAGAAGAGCAUCGUCAUUGCCGCAAGUGCUUGGAGCGUGAUGGGGAUCAUCAACUCGGCGCUAACGCCGUACAUGCUAAAUCCAACGGCAUGGAACUGGCGCGGCAAAGCAGGCUUCUUUUGGGGUUGCUUCUGCAUUCUGUCGCUAAUCUGGACCUUUUUCAGAUUGCCCGAGGCUAAAGGGCGCACUUAUGCGGAGCUUGAUGUACUGUUUGGCAACCGUGUCAGUGCGCGCAAGUUCAAGACAACUAUUGUUAGUAUACCAACGGCCAGCGUCAAGGAGGUCGAGGAGAUUGAGGAGUCGCACGAGUUAUGAUGUGGUAAGAGCA